GUUCUUCUUCUUCUAGAGAAAUCUUUUUCUGGUACAAAAGAAUUAGGAUUGCAGCUGAUAAAACCAUGGCGUGUGUGAUUGGGUCGAGAAGAACAUGGACUAAGGUAGUGCUACGGACGAUCAAGAACCAAAAGGGUAAGUGUUUGGCCAAUUCGCUAAGGAGAAGCAACAGUAUUCAUGGCAUGAAAAAGAUGGUCGCAAAGGAAGAAGAUGAGAUCGGUUAUGAGCAAGAAAACGAGCUGGCAAGUUUCACGAUCCCCUCACCAUCCAUGUCACGAAUCCUCUUUGGAUAACCCAGAUCUGGGUCCAUUUCCCCCUCACCAUCCAUUUCACGAUCCAAGAAGACCCCAAACAAGUUUCAAGGUGACGAAUCCUCACUAUAACCUGGAUCUGGGUUUGUUUCUCCUCAAGCUUGCUUGAUACACGAUUGCGAUGGCUCCUUUCCUCCAAACCUCUUAUCCGCCUUUGCUGAUGGCUCCAUCUCCAUCAUAGCACAGUGAUCUCAUUGGAAGCAAUAGGAGCUUCCAACACUUUCCUGGUCUCAAGAAGCUUCUUAGCAUUCUCAGCAUUGAUGUAGCCCUACUUCAUGAGCUCGAUAUGACGCUUACGAUCAUGCUCAAGGAUGUCCCUGUUGGGUUUCUUGGUGAGGUCGACAAAUCCAAUUCCAUUGUACAUUUGUUAAGGAUUUGAGAAAUCCUAGAUCUGGAAAUUGGGUUUUUGAGAUUGGGGAUGAAGUUCCUUGUUUUAGGAUUUUUUUUUUUUUUGGGUUGGGAUGCGAGACAAGCAAGAAAAAUCCUGUUAAUAG